AUGGCGUCAAAGCUCUGUGACUCGUGCAAAUCGGCGACUGCGGCGUUAUACUGUCGUCCAGACGCGGCGUUUCUUUGUCUGAGCUGUGACUCAAAGGUCCACGCAGCGAACAAGCUCGCGUCACGACACGCGCGUGUCUGGAUGUGUGAAGUUUGCGAGCAAGCACCAGCUCACGUCACGUGCAAAGCUGACGCGGCUGCUCUAUGCGUCACGUGCGACCGAGACAUCCACUCGGCUAACCCCUUGGCUCGCCGUCACGAGCGUGUCCCCGUCACUCCUUUCUACGAUUCCGUCUCCGGCGCCGACGGUUCCGUCAAACACACUGCCGUUAAUUUCUUAGACGACUGUUACUUCUCCGAUCUAGACGCAAACGGAAGCCGUGAGGAAGAGGAGGAGGAAGCGGCUUCGUGGCUGCUUCCGAAUCCGAAGACGACGGCGGUUUCUACGGCAGCUGAAGCUGUGCCGGGAGAUAGCCCGGAGAUGAACACGGGUCAACAGUAUCUGUUCUCGGAUCCGGAUCCGUAUCUGGAUCUGGAUUACGGUACUGUUGAUCCGAAGCUGGAAUCUCAGGAGCAGAACAGCUCCGGCACCGACGGUGUGGUUCCGGUGGAGAAUCGGACGGUUAGGGUUCCGACGGUGAACGAGAAUUGCUACGAGCUGGAUUUCACCGGAGGAUCUAAAGGCUUUACUUAUGGUUACAACUGUAUCAGCCACAGUCAGGUAUCAUCAUCGUCGAUGGAAGUGGGAGUGGUGCCAGAUGGAGGCUCGGUGGCUGACGUUUCGUACCCUUACGGUGGACCUGCAACCAGUGGAACCGAUCCCGGAACUCCGAGGGCUGUUCCGCUGACUUCGGCGGAGAGAGAGGCGAGGGUAAUGAGGUACAGAGAGAAGAGGAAGAACAGGAAGUUUGAGAAGACGAUAAGGUACGCUUCGCGGAAAGCGUAUGCGGAAAUGAGACCGAGAAUCAAGGGACGGUUUGCGAAGCGGACGGAUACUAGUGAGAGCAGCGAUGUGGUUGGUCAUGGCGGUCUCUUUAGCGGGUUUGGACUUGUACCUACAUUUUAG